AUGGAUCCACUCCAGAAAUGGGACCCAGCAUUGACUUCCAGGUCUUCCCAGGUGACCUUUGUGGAGACCUCUCAGGAGGGCCCUGCAGCUUCUCAGCCUCCGUCCUUAGAACAGCUGAGGAUAGGCCUCAGAAGCCUGGGCCCCACUCCCCCUCCUGGUUCUAGCACCCCUACACCUUUGCCAGAGGGGCUGCUGCAGCAGCGGUACAGGGACGAGAGGACCCUGCAGGAGCAGCGCAGGGAAAGGCUGGGUUUCCCUCAGAAGAAAGCAUUCCUGGGACACCUGAGACGCAGGCACUGCGAUCACCUGGCACCUUACCCAGUGGAAAGGGGCACCAGAGCCUCUCCCUCCAGCGACAGAGCUCAGAAUCGGUUCUGAUAUGAAUGCAAAUACUGCCAGGAUUAUGGGCAAAAUAUUUCUAGGGAAAAGAAUGGGACCUCCAACACUUCCACCUUGGAAAUGCUGGUGCAGGGCUUCAGUGGCCUUACUCUCAGCCUGGAAGCCGAUGGACCCAGCCUCCUGCCAGAGGGAGCAAAGCAGCAGCAGCAGUGGCAGCAAGAGCCAGAGGAGAGGCCCCAGGUGCAGAGGCAGCAGGAAAUCCAUAGGAUGUUCCGCAGGCUGUGCUUAGAAGAAAACUGAGGCGCUUGCCCUCAGGGGACCCGGAGACAUGAAGGGAUUCAGACAGUGCUUUGUUGCCAGCUCCUGAGUUUAAGAUCCUUUGGGGGACCAAAUACUCAUCUGUCAUUGCAGGAGUCC